UGGAGAACUUCUUUGAUAUCGAGUACUCCACGGCGUCAUUGCCCCCUCCACAAUGAGAACAAGUAUUUAUACCAAGCGUUUAGAACAACAGAUAUUCAGUUACCAUGGCUGUUCUCUUCUUCUUACUUGCCAUCGUCGGCUGUGUUUUGUCCAGAACUUCCAGCGAAAAUGUGAAGCCAGUUCCUCAACUAUGGCCGUACUCUUCUUGUUGGCUGCCCUCGUGGGCUGUGUAGUGGCUAGGCCUUCCAGCGAAAAUGUGACACCAGUUGAAGUUACUCUAUACUACGAAUCAUUAUGCUAUGGCUGUCGAAUGUUCGUUCCAAACCAAUUGUUGCCAGCCUAUACGGACUCGAAGUACCGCUCUUUAAUAUCUAAACUCACAUUGGUGCCUUAUGGUUGGGUUUGGGUUAAAAAUGCAACAAGCCAUGAUUAUAAUUGUCAGCAUGGCGAGUCUGAAUGUGAUGGCAACAGGUUACACGCCUGCGCCAUCAAGUACAUCCCAGAUCAAGUAACAACAUUGGAAUAUAUCUCAUGCUUGGACAAACAGGGACCGGAUAAUCUCACAUUUGCGUCUUUGCAAUACCCCAUUGACGCGAAACGAAAUGAUGACGUGGCCGAAUCUGCAGUUCAGGACUUCAAAAAAGAACUCUGCAAAGCUGCCGGAGUCGCAAAUCAAACCACUUAUAAUUUCAAGACUAAGCGUGGUCAAUUUGAAAGUGAUGGGAACAGGUUACAUUCGUGUGCCACCAAGUAUAUCCCCGACGUAUUAACAACUUUAAAUUACAUUUCAUGCUUAGAAAAACUAGAAAAACAUCAGCAGGGAUACGCUCCAUUCGAAUUUGGUAUACCACCUAAAUAUCCCAUUGAUAAGUGCAAAAAUAAACUCCCAGCUGGUCUCUACCCAAAAAUAAUCAAUUGUUAUAGAUCAGAUGAAGGAUGGGAAUUAUACGAGGAAAAUAAAGAGAAAUCCAAACCAUUGCUUCCGAAAGCUGGUACCAUUCCUUUUCCUUAUGUCUCCUUCAACGAUGAACAUGAUGACGUUCUGGCUCAAGAUGCAGUUGACAACUUCAAGAGUACACUUUGCAAAGUUACUGGUGUUGUUGACAAAGCUUGUUCUUUGUAAAACUAUUAUAUACUCAAUCUUGUUAGAUACAUAAAACUUAUGAUCAAUAAAUAAGGUAAUGCUGUAUUUGAUGCAAUGUAUCACAAGCAAUUUAAAGACAAUAUUUGAGGUAAUACAGAUAUUUAUUUAAAAUAAAGUUAGAAUUUGAUUGAAAAAGUAAAUAUCAGACAGAAAAAUAUAUCAUAAAUGAGAGAAUAAUUAUCUUUUUUUUCACUUUAUUCCUAGUUAUUCACAAAAAUAUCAUCCUUUAGCCAUAAUAUUUUAUAAUUUAUAUUAUAAACACACUUUUAUAAUGGUGGAAAAUA